AUGGGUUUUAUUUCCAAAUUGAUCUUAUUCUCGUUAUUCUACUUUAAAUUUAUUAAUUCCAAGAGCAGUGAGUUGGUUAAGGAUAUUCCCCUCUGUGGAGAAGGAUUUAAGGGUUUGCUAAAUUAUAAAUUCGGCAGGGAUGACGAUUAUCUCAUUACAAUCGCUUCUUUUUUGACCAAAAACACUCUAAAUUUAUACACAGGAAAUGUAAUUUACAAAAAAAUUGAUCUGACAGACUGUAUAUCCCCUCUCGAAACGCUGAAUAGCAAGUGUUUCUCCAUUAGAUCGGAGAAUAAUUUGCCAAAUAUAUUAUGUGCAACAAAUACACUGGAAAGGAAUGAAUGGAUGAACGCCAUAGAUUCCAGUAUGAUGUGCCAGCUCACACAAAUUAAAUCCAAGCUACCUUUGAUCCCUGGGGAAGAAACUCUUGAAGACCUUGAGGAGGAAGAACCGAAAGGAGUGAAUCUGUUCAUACACGAUGGGCCUUCUGGUAGACCUGAGAUCUAUAUUAACGGGAAAACCACAAAGGAACUAGAAGAACAACGAGAGGCUGAGUCGUUGAAAAAGACCACCUUUAACCCAGUUGAAGAUGUGAACAACCUCUUUGCCAACGCCGCUGUCAAUCUUGAUAUGGACAAUGCUUCUCCCAUUCUAGCCGAUGAGGAGGCUUUGAGUGAAGCUAGGGCCGAGGCAGGACUUACGUCUCAAAUACCCGCGCACGGAUACUACCACUAUCAGCAUAUAUAA